AUGGGCGAUGGGUGGCUGCCUCCGGACUGCGGCCCCCCGAACCGCUCCGUGGCCGGGGUGACGGCCGUGCCGCCCGGGAGCAGGCAGCUGCCCGCCGCCGAGCUGCUGUCGCAGCAGUGGGCUGUGGGCAUGAGCCUGCUGAUGGCCCUGGUGGUGCUGCUCAUCGUGGCCGGGAACGUGCUGGUGAUCGCGGCCAUCGGGAGGACGCAGCGGCUGCAGACCCUCACCAACCUGUUCAUCACCUCGCUGGCCUGCGCCGACCUGGUGAUGGGGCUGCUGGUGGUGCCCUUCGGGGCCACGCUGGUGGUGCGGGGCACCUGGCUCUGGGGAUCCUUCCUGUGCGAGUGCUGGACCUCCGUGGACGUGCUCUGUGUGACGGCCAGCAUCGAGACCCUGUGCGUCAUCGCCAUCGACCGCUACCUGGCCAUCACCUCGCCUUUCCGCUACCAGAGCCUCAUGACCAAGGGUCGGGCCAAGGGCAUCAUCUGCACCGUCUGGGCCAUCUCUGCCCUGGUCUCCUUCUUGCCCAUCAUGAUGCACUGGUGGCGGGAUGACGACCCCCAGGCGCUGGAGUGCUACCAGGACCCGGGCUGCUGCGACUUCGUCACCAACAGGGCUUACGCCAUCGCCUCGUCCAUCAUUUCUUUCUACAUCCCCCUUCUCAUCAUGAUCUUUGUGUAUCUGCGGGUGUACAGAGAGGCCAAGGAGCAGAUGAGGAAGAUCGAUAGGUGCGAGGGCCGGUUCUACGGCAGCCAGGAGCAGCCGCAGACGCCCCUGCCCGCUCACCCUCACCACCAGCCCAUCCUCGGCAACGGCCGGGCCAGCAAGAGAAAGACCUCCCGCAUCAUGGCCAUGAAGGAGCAGAAAGCCCUCAAGACUUUGGGCAUCAUCAUGGGGGUGUUUACCCUCUGCUGGCUCCCCUUCUUCCUGGUGAACAUCGUCAACGUCUUCAACAGGGACCUGGUGCCGGACUGGCUCUUCGUCUUCUUCAACUGGCUGGGCUACGCCAACUCCGCGUUCAACCCCAUCAUCUACUGCCGCAGCCCCGACUUUCGGAAGGCCUUCAAGAGGCUGCUGUGCUGCCGCCGGAAAGCCGAGCGGUGGCUGCAGGGCGGCGGCGGGGAGCUGGCCCGGCUGCCCGGGGGCUUUGUCAGCACCGUGGGCUCCCCCGAGCGCAGCCUGGCCGGGACCUGGUCCGACUACAACGGGGGCACCCGGGGCGGCAGCGAGUCCAGCCUGGAGGAGAGGCAUAGCAAAGCCUCCGACUCGGAGUCCAAGGUAUAGGGGGGCGUGGGGGCCGCGUCGGAGCCGGGACAGGGGGGAGAGGCGGGCAGGGAGACGGCAGGAGCGGAGAAAUCCCCGGCAGCUGCCUGAUGGUGUAUUGCUAUCGCCGAGCUAAACCAUCCCUGCCCUGGCAGGGGGAGUGCGGCUGUUUACUUAGGAAUAAAAGCAGGUGAACCGGUGUACGACAUACCUCAUCCGAAACUACAGCAAACAGGAAAGCCGCUGACCGGAGAACAAAGAAACAAGCAGCCCAUCCCAGAGACAGCCACCUUGUCUUUGGAGCCGCGCUGUCGCGGGAGCGCGGCCGCAGCGCCCGGCUCGGGUGGCUGUCCCAGGACCGUGCUGCUGGCCGAGCCCGAGGGUGCUGCUGGCCCUUGGCGGCCGAGCUCGGCCACAGCUGGGCUCCGGCCACCCCGCCUGGCCCCGGGGCUCGUCCCCUCUCCCAGGGCACCGGGAUUUUGGGAGGUGCUGCAGGUGCUCCGGCACAGAGCGCGGCCGGCGAGACCCGGACCUGCCGGCAGAGAUGAGUUUAAAGCUCGGAGCAGCCGUGCUCUCCUCGCCUGCAGAGCAGCGGGAGAGAAAAUAAUGAGCAAUGAGGAGCACUGGUAUAUUUGGAAAGGGGGUAAAACAACCCAACCCACACUCUUGUGCUUAUUGCCUCUGCAUCAGCCAGCAGUGAGUUACUGUGCUUAUCUCCUUCGGCCAGACAAUAGCAGUCAGGCUGAGAAACUUCUACCUCAAACUGUGCAUAUUGUACAGGGGAAUGAACGGACCAUGUUUAUAUUAAACAGCAUAUUUACAUACCACUAAUAGGGUUUUGAGGAUGGGGGGUGAGGAACCUUCUGCAGCUUGUUCAUUGUAACUACAGAUGAACGGGGGGAGGGGGGAGAAUCCUGGCAACAAAAAUUUACUGCACAUUUUUUU